UAGUAGUAGUAGAGAACUUCUAGAAUUUGGCUCUUUUGCACUAAUAAUUUCUGAUAAAAUCGUUGCUACUUCAGAUAAGUCAGUUGAAUCUGAAUUAUUUGUUGUAGAUAAACAAUUUAAAGAAUUUUGA